GCCGGCUUGGGCGGAGGAGAGUCGCUCUUAAAGGGCUAGCCUACGUUCGUCCUUUUGUUCCUGGCCCGAAGGCGGGGCAGCCCAACUUUAACCGUCCUUCGGUCUAGUCUCCAGAACGGCCAUGAUUUCCCAGUUCUUCAUCCUGUCGUCCAAGGGGGACCCGCUUAUCUAUAAAGACUUUCGCGGGGACACUGGUGGUCUGGACGUGGCCGAGCUCUUCUACCGGAAGCUGACGGGACUGCCUGGGGACGAGUCCCCGGUUGUCAUGCAUCACGGUGACAGACACUUCAUUCACAUCAGACACAGCAGCCUCUAUUUGGUGGCUACUACUUUUGAAAAUGUCUCUCCCUUUGGCCUGCUAGAGUUGCUCUCCAGGUUAGCCACUCUCCUGGGUGAUUACUGCGGCACUAUCAGCGAGGGGACCAUUUCCCGCAAUGUGGCUCUUGUCUAUGAACUCCUAGAUGAGGUUUUGGACUAUGGCUAUGUACAGACUACAUCCACAGAGAUGCUGAAGAACUUCAUUCAGACAGAAGCUGUGGUCAGCAAGCCUUUCAGCCUCUUUGACCUCAGCAGCGUUGGCUUGUUUGGGGCGGAGACCCAACAGAGCAAAGUGGCCCCCAGCAGUGCAGCCGGCCGCCCAGUCCUGUCCAGCCGCUCUGACCAGAGCCAAAAGAAUGAAGUUUUUUUGGAUGUUGUAGAGAGACUGUCCGUGCUGAUAGCAUCUAAUGGCUCCCAGCUGAAGGUGGACGUGCAGGGAGAGAUCCGACUCAAGAGUUUCUUGCCCAGUGGCUCUGAGAUACGCAUCGGCUUGACAGAAGAGUUUUGUGUGGGCAAGUCAGAACUGAGAGGUUAUGGGCCAGGAAUCCGAGUUGAUGAAGUCUCAUUUCACAGCUCUGUAAACCUGGAAGAGUUUGAGUCUCAUCGGAUCCUCCGCUUGCAGCCUCCUCAGGGCGAGCUGACUGUGAUGCGGUACCAACUGUCCGAUGACCUCCCCUGCCCGCUACCCUUCCGGCUCUUUCCCUCUGUGCAGUGGGACCGAGGCUCAGGCCGGCUCCAGGUUUAUCUGAAGUUACGCUGUGACCUGCCCCCAAAGAGCCAAGCUCUCCACGUCCGACUGCACCUUCCCCUGCCCAGAGGGGUGGUCAGCCUGUCUCAAGAGCUGAGCAGCCCGGAGCAGAAGGCAGAGCUGGGAGAGGGGGCCCUGCACUGGAACCUGCCCCGGGUACAAGGAGGAUCUCAGCUCUCAGGCCUUUUCCAGAUGGAUGUCCCUAGCCUGCCAGGGCCUCCCAGCCAGGGGCCUGCCACCUCUGCACCCCCGCUGGGGCUAGGCCCAGCCAGCCUCUCCUUUGAACUCCCCAGGCACACGUGCUCAGGCCUCCAAGUUCGAUUCCUCAGGCUGUCCUUCAGCCCUUGUGGAAACGCCAAUCCCCACAAGUGGGUGCGUCACCUAAGCCACAGUGAUGCCUACGUCAUUCGGAUCUGAGGCUGCCUAGACCAUGAUGCGGGCAGCAAAGGCAGCAGGCAGUUGAAAAAGAAAAGGACGUUUU